GAGGAUUUAAAGACGGCCAGUAGGUUGGUAAGUGGAUUAGAUUUCGAACCACUGGCCAACGUAACCAAGAGGAGAUCCAAUGAAUCUGAUGCGGAUGAUAAUACCGCACCCACAUCAGCUAAGAAAAGAAAUUCCACCGAACCCGGUAAGGCAAUAAUUGACAUCUGGGGACUCAGUCAAGAGCAAGCAUUGUCUUACAUUCCACCAUCUGUUUGGUAUCCAGAGGAUACCAGCGAAUCUCGGACAACUCGGUUUGACUAUGUACCAAAAUUCGACGGGCCGAAUUUUACUGAGAAUAAUCCGAUCCGUAUAGAGAAUGACAGUUAUGUGGCAAUAACUGUCAACAUAUUCUUG